AUGCCUGACGUGAAGGUCCUCGCGGGCACCAACAAGAAGCCCGCUUCGAAGGCUUCGAAGUACUUCAUUUUCAUGACUGAGGGUUUCCUGAUCUUCCUUCCGCAAAGCUUGCUGACCAAAGGCUGGAAUCGGCCCUCGUUGGUCAAACUCCACUGGCUGCUUCAGGUCUUGGGCUUCUGUUGCAUCGCCCUCGGCCUGAUCGCCGUGGUCACCAUCAAGAUCAUCAAGGGCAACCCGCACUUUUCCUUCCCCCACUCAAUCACUGGUCUCGUGGCCAUCAUUAUGGCCGCCUGCACUGGCAUAGGAGGCUACGUCAGCAGACUUAAACCGCACCCCAAAGGUCCCUCCCUGGCCCAAAUCAAACUCGGACACGUUUUCUUUGGCAUGGCGUCAUACGUUGUUGGGGUAGCGGCCCUUGUGCUUGGAUACUUCACAUCUUAUUUCGGCAAACUGGUUGAUUACGAGUGGCGCUUAUUCAUAGCUGUUAUCACGGUACUUGUAUCGACAGUGGCAUUUGUCAAUGCGUCUGUCGGAUUUUACAGGCGGGCGAAAAAUUUGUUCAAUUUUUAA